UCACAAAUACAUGAAUUAGGUCAAUACACCAUUUGAAAUCACAACUUCCAAACGACCCCUAAGUUCCACAAUUCAACGAACAAGAAUGAUUGCGAGAUUUUCUUUUCCAUCACAAACAUAAAACAGUUGUGUAAAGUUCAUGACAUGCGGUGUAAUUUACGGCAACAACCCUGGUGAAGCAAAAAAAUGAACGGUGAGGAACUUCCUAUCAACAACUGAACGUGUGAAACAAAUGGACGACUACAAUUCUAGAUCCAGAUUUUCCACCUCUUUUCCAACCAGCAAUUGGGACCAUAAGAAAUUUCUGUACCUAAGUUGAAAUAUCACAAGCAAAAAUGAACUACGUGUUUAACUCCAAAGCAAAAAUCCAAGUCCAAGCCCACCUUCUCUGUGGCUCUUAUUGCUCCGUCAUUCUCUUCCUCACACCCGCCCUCUAUAUCACAAAUUCACAACCAACAAAAGAUCCCACAAAUCUUGCAAGCCAUAGAAAAAGCACAGCAGAAUAUAUCACAAAAAAACUGAAGAAGAAAAACCCACAUCGCAGAAAGAGAGAAUCUUGGCCUGAUACACAGCAAUUUCUUCUCUUUCUAGUUGGUCUUCUUCUUCUUCUUCUACCUGCUGUGUAUAAUGGCUGUUGCUUCAAUUUCUGCAACCGGGGUUAAAGGAGGUUUUGGGACCUCAUUCAUGGGGGAAUGGGGCACUUCAGUGGCUGGGGAGGAUUCCACCAUGCUGGCGAGGUCAGUUCAAACCCAAGUCAGAGUCGGGAAGCCAUUGAAGAUGCCGCCAAUGAUGAAGAACGUUAACGAAGGGAAGGGUCUCUUUGCUCCUGCAGUGGUUGUUACUCGCAAUAUCGUUGGGAAAAAGAGGUUUAAUCAGCUUAGAGGCAAAGCUAUCGCCUUGCACUCGCAGGUAAUCACCGAGUUCUGUAAGUCGAUAGGAGCAGAUGCAAAGCAGAGGCAAGGGCUGAUUAGGUUGGCCAAGAAGAAUGGAGAGAAACUUGGCUUCCUUGCUUGAUUUGAUAGACAGAAGAAGGAAGAAAAAGAUAGGGUGCAUUUUGUGUUGGAACUCCAUUGUAAAGGAGAUGGAAAGUUGCCCUGAGAGAACCACCACCACCACCACUGCUGUAGUACUUUGUAUAACUGUUACUCUCAUUCUUCAUCCUAUCUGUAAUAGUUCCCUUGUGUUUUGACACUAUCAAGAGUCAAGACAUCACAAUUUUAGCUGUAGUUCUUGUUGCAACCGAGUUUUUGUUCUAUGAAGAAUAGAUUAGCUAUAAUUAA